AUCAAUUCCAAUUCUCUUCUAUCUUCAUUGGAAAAAUAAAAAUGGCUUUGGCUAACGCACAAUCUUUUUUGUUUCUUGUAGUGUUUUCUUUCAUGUUUGUCCUUAGUAUGGCCAACUUUAACUACGGUCGGGGACAAGGAAAGUUGAACAAAACCAAUUGUCCCUAUGGCAAUAAUCACCCAAAUGCUACUCAAACUUCAAAUAAAUUCAACGUUGGUGGUUCUGAAAAUUGGCGUUAUGGAUUCGACUACAUGGAUUGGGCUCGCAAGAGUGGCCCUUUCUUUGUCAAUGACACAUUAGUUUUCAAGUAUGAUGCACCAAACGCAAAUGGAGGAUUUCCACACAGUGUAUACUUAUUACCAAACUAUUGGAGCUUUAUCAAGUGCGACUUAAGAAGAGCUAAGAGGAUAGCAAAUCCAAACCAAGGUGUGGGUGAAGGAUUCGAGUUUGUGUUGAAGAAAUCACAACCCUACUUUUUUGCUUGUGGAGAGCAUGGAGGAAUACAUUGCAACAAUGGUACUAUGAAGUUUGUUGUCAUGCCACUCAAACGUUGGACUUUCUGAGUCCAUUAUAGUAUGGUACCAAAUAAAAUAGUGGUUAUAAACUUUUUGCAUUUUACUUCUGUUUGGAACAAAUUUAAAUAAUGAGUCUUAAACUUAUUUAUUAUUUAUUGUAAUUUUACUUCAAUUUGGAGUUGCAUUGUAUUUGGAGUUUUGACAAAAAAAAUAAUGAGAUAUA